AGCACCGUGCCGAAAACAUAAGCAUACGGCAAACACAACCGAUAACACUGUACAAACAAAACACUAAGAUUACAACAAAGCGAUCAGUUUUGAAGUGGAUUCUAACAGCUAAAUUACGAGGCGAACUUAUUUACCAAGUUUGAGGAGGACACAAUAAGUGCGUCGGACUGCGCUGCCUCUGACAGGAUUCCCGGCUCAACACCCUAUACGUGGUCAUGACCUGGUACCGACAAACUUCAAAUGUCUCAGGCAUUUUCCUGAUCAUUUUAUUCAGUCUUACAGUCAAGCCUGCAACCCUCAGUCCAGUGGCAACAGACGUAAACGCAGUACGUGACAACUUUGCAGCAUCCACUUCUACCCAGAAACAGGCUGAAAAUAUUCAACAAGCUGAGAAACAGAGCUUGCUUGAUGAUGCACCCGAAGAUGAUGAUGAGCUUUUUAAAGACGUUGAUCCGAGAACCUUAGCAGCAGUGCUCCUUGAAGCCCUCAAUAAUCCACAGAAGGAAAAGAUGACUGUAAGGGAAGACAAAGGAGCAGAAGAGGAAAAGGAGAGGGAUCUUCAGGGUGCAGACAGAGACAGAGAUGGCCAUCAAGAGCUGGAAUUGGCCAUGGCAGCUGCUGCAGCACAAGGAAAGGAAGAGAAAGAAAAAGAAGAGGAAGAAGAGGAGAAAAAAAGAGCUGAGGAAGAAGAACGGCUAACUGAGAAAGUGAAAAGCCACACCACCACUCAGACCAUAUCACCAAAAGAGCCAGUUGCACCACAGGAAGAGGUCACAAAAGAGGAGGUGAUGAAGGAAACGGAGAGGCAGGAGCCUGAGAAAGAAGCACUGGGAGAGGAGGAAGAGCAACUCAGCCCAGAAGAAGUAAAAAACCUAGAAACCAUGUUGGAGGAAUUUCAGAGUUACAGCACGGCCACUAAAAGAGAGCGUGACGCUUCCACAGGACACAGGGAAAGCCGUGGGGAGUAUUUUGAUUACUUAGACCGUAAUGGCCUUAUGAACAAUGAGAUCAAGCCCAAAUCCAAGGGCAAUGACCUAGCACUGUCCAAGAUGAAGCUUAAGUGGCAGCUCGAACAAGAAAAGAACAAAGUUCAGCCUUCUCAAAAGGGAGGCAACUUCAUGGACGACUUCAGCAACAAUUUCGCUGAUCCAGAGAAAGAAGACGAGGAGGAUCAAGAGGACGAAGAACUGCUGAGCCCUGAAGAAGAGGAAACUCGGGCCAAAGCAGAGCAAGAGGAGGUACGCAGACAGGCAGCAGAGGCCCAAAGGGCCAAGGCAGAGGAGGAAAAACUUGCAGACAUCGCAUCUGACAUGCUGCUGAAGUACAUAGUCAAACAGGACAAGAAAAAGAUUCAGGAUGGUGCAGAAGAUAAGCGCUCGGAUGAGCAAGACACUAGUGAUGAUGAUGAUAUCGACCCACAAACCAUUGAUAAGCUAAUUGAGAUCUCCAGUAAGCUGCAUCUUCCUGCCGACGACGUGGUUGACAUAAUCAGUGAUGUGGAGAAGAAAAAGAAAAAAGAUGCACCAGAAAAUCUCCCUUGGCAACGUCCUCUCGUACCGCCUUCGGCACCCGUGGCAACAUCUACUCUGUUGCGCAAACCACCUCCCUCAAAGCCUCCCCAACCCAACACGAGCCCACUGAAAUCAUGGUUCAAAGACAGGGCCUCAGUCAAGGCCACCAAGCCAGAAAUUUGGUCGAGGCAGCAGUGGCCCUUUCGUACCUACCCUUCCUACAACUUUUAUCAAAAACCCUAUCGAGGCCGAGGGUAUUACCCCAUCUACGUCCCACCUACAAAACUCAAAUCCCAAUACUAUUCCAAGCCUGCUUUCUCCAUCAAUGAUGUCCUGGGAAACUCACUGGACUAUGACUUCGAUUACUCCUCCAGAAGAAGGCCCCGUCCAUGGGCGCAACCACGUUCCAGGACCCCACCGGCGUUUCAGAGGAAGCUCUACUUCCCUAAUUACAUCGUCCCUCAACCCCGGACUUUCAAAGCUGUGCCUAUGCCUAAGCCUCGAUCUCCUCCACGUCGUUGGCCGUCCUUUUAUUAUCAAGCCCGAGCUCCUGUAGUUACCAGGGAGGAUGAUUACUACAAUCCACUGAGACAGCCACAACAUGAUAGCCAAGAGGAGCUGGAAAACUUCAUUGAGAGAGUCCUCAUGAAACAUCCUCGGAUGUUUCAGUGAGAAAAGUCCAAGAGUGCUGAGAAGAAGCAAAACGAGAAGGAAGAAAAAGGGAAAAUAAACUAAAAAGACUGUUCAUAGCUAGCCACAUUUUUAUUCAUUUCUUUAACAGCAACUUGGUUUUAAUUCCGUCCAUACAUGAGCUCUUUCACCAAGUGCUGUUUCUUUAGCAUUUGAACAGCGUUUACCCUAAAACAGAGAGCAUUCAGGAUCCUCAUCUCGAUCUAGACACAUCUUCCACCCUCCUCCCCCUGGAAAGACUGAAAGACCAGAAAAGCCACUGGUAUGGUGUGAGGAAAGGGUGCUGUUACAUCUUAAAUACCCAACAUAAACUCUUAAGUUCAGCAUAUUCCAAGAAAGCCUUUAAAAUAGCAUGAAUUUAAAAACUUUUCAUCCCAAACAGAGACUUGCCAAUACUAUGGAAACAAAAUGAUUACGUACGCCUUAUCUCGAAGCAACUUUUGUUUUUUUGUUACUUUGGACAUUUCAAACACAGUGGCCGUUGAUCGUAUUAUAAAAGCAUAGCAAAAAAUCUUUAAUUGCACCUUUAAAGAGUAUAUAAUAUACACUUCAAACAUACGAAAACAUCAGAAAUGAUACACCAUCACAGUGCCAUACUGGUGGAAAUGUAUGUUUCGUUUAUUUUAUACACCAAAUGUAUUGUAUUACUUGUACCUCAAACUAUUCUGCUUGAGCAUUUACCAUUUGUGCGUUCCCUUGUGAAACGAGAACUCACACAAAGUCUUGUAUAUAGAAUUAGUUUCUUAUCGCUGUCUGCAUUUAAAUUUUCCUCAAUGUGUUUUUACCACGGUUUUUUAUGCAAAAAAGAUAGAAAGAUGGUGCAUUCAUACAUUCCAACAUUUUUUAAUAAACAAAAGUUAUUUCAUAGAAGCUGUUUUGAAUACAACUUUUAAUUGCCUUAAGACACUCUCUUCCCCUUUUUCAGAUAACAGCAUUUUUUCCUAGACUGGCUGGAAGGUCUAUUUUCUCAUGCUCGUAAGACUUUAAGCAUAAAUAAUUUAAAUAAUUGAUCCGCUAAGUUUCAAAAACUAAAUAACUGUACACGAAACAGUUUUUAAAAAUAUUUGUCAACUUUCUUGUCCCUAAACGAGUUACAUUUUAGCAAAUUCAAUCACUGGGCCAAUGAGCGCUCAAUCAAAACAGCACACUGUAAAAAAUGUUUUGCUGCCUUAAAAACUCGGAUUUACAAGUCAUUUCAACUUACUAUUAUUCAUCUUGACUAGAGAUGAAUUGUUAUAACUACAGGUGAGUUGUUAUAACUUAUAAAAUUAAGUUGAAUUUUCUCAACUACAUUUUAUAAGUUGAGACAACUCAUCUCUGUUGACAUAACUUGUAAAUCUGAGUUGAUUUAACAAAAAAUUUUAAAGCAGCAAAGUUUUUUUUACAAUGCAUAGACAAUCUGCUAAUCAAAACUGAUCACAUUUCAUAUUGAAAGGUAUUGAAGCAACUUCAAUCUUUGAAUUGUAGGUUUCUUCCAAUGCAGUCCAUUCUGGCUUUGAUCAGACUGUAGAAGAGACUUUAUCCAAAUAUCUAAAGUGUUAAAUGAAAGUAUAAUUACCAAUAUGGGCUGAUGGCAUCUCCUAUUAUUUAAAAAAAAAAACUUAAAAAGCAGGGGGAGGCAUACACAGUUUCUUAUGUUUUUAAAGUGAUUUUAAAGAUUAACAGAAGAGGGGGCAAAAAAGGACCACGAUAGCUGAAACAGUGGAGGAGUAAGUGUCUGCACGUUACUGUAAACUUGCAUCUAAAAUGUGUUGCUUCUUUGAAGACAUAGUAAGCAUUUAAAAAAAUACAAAAAAAAAUAAAUAAAUGAAUGACUAGUGUACCUACGUAAAGAAAUGCCAUUAAGUCUUGUACGAGGAAAAAUGUUUCUAGAUGUAUCUUGUACGUAUCAUAAUAAACAUGCGUUUGCUGGAUGUAAAUAAUCGCAUGUUGAUGACUAGUUUUGCUACACAGAGAGAAAUCAAUAAAAUUGACUAUUUUUUAUUAACAUUGUUGAUUUAAUUUUUUCUUGGAAAUUUGAAUGGUAGAGAUUUGUCACACGCAUGCCGGCACAAUAUCUGUUAACUCAAACUAGCCUUAAAGCACCAAUUA